CCCACUUCUCUAUUACUAUCUCCCUCGCGUCCGGCCGCGGAGACCUCCCGCAUCCCCCCACCGAUUUCGUCCCCUCCGGCGGCGGCGGCGGCGGCGGCGCACGGCUUCUCCGGGAGCUCUACGCGACAAAACAAUGAGGAGGUACAGCCCACCAUAUCGCAGUCCCCCUAGGAGGGGCUAUGGUGGCAGAGGAAGAAGUCCCCCUAGGAGGGGAUAUGGAGGACGGAGGGAGCAGGGUUCUGGAAGUCUCUUGGUCCGCAACAUCCCAUUAAGCUGCAGAGGGGAGGAUCUUCGAGUUCCUUUUGAAAGGUUUGGUCCUGUUCGGGAUGUUUACCUGCCAAAGGAUUAUUACAGCGGGGAACCACGGGGAUUUGCAUUUGUGGAGUUCGUUGACCCUUAUGAUGCCUCUGAGGCUCAAUAUCACAUGAAUCGCCAGGUGUUUUUCGGCCGGGAGAUAACUGUUGUUCUUGCUGCUGAGUCGCGGAAAAGGCCAGAGGAAAUGCGCAGUAGAGCUAGAGUCAGGGGUUACUCUGGAAACGAAGGGCGCCGCUCUUCAUAUUAUGGGAGGUCUCGUUCCCGUUCUCGCUCUCCCCACUAUCGAGGUCGUCCACGGUCAAGGUCAUACUCUCCUGCUCCAAGACGGCGAGAUGACUACUCAGCUUCCCCACCGAGAAAGGAUACGCACCCCACAAAAUCUCCUAGGCGUCAGCCAAAAGAACAUGAUGAAGAGAAGAAGCGGAGAUCCUACUCUCCUGCCAGUAGAGAUGGCGACCCUCGCGAUGCUGAUAACGGUUAUGAGAAGAGGUCGCCCCCACCUGACAGCGAUGGAUCCCCUCCACACCGGAGGUCUCCUAGGCACUCCUCAGGGUCGCCUCCAGGAUCCCGCUCUAGGUCCGCCGAUGUUUCCCCUGCCCGCAGCGACUGACAGAACUUUGAACCAACGAAAUGGGAUAGCUGCAUGAUCUCCACAGCACCUCCAAUUCUAGUCAGUCUCCAUCUUCCUUCCUGGUCCAACCAAGCUGUUUCAAUUAAACCGAAGCCCUAAGCGGCGUGUUGUAUUAUUGCUAAGUGUGCUUGCCAUGAGUUUGGUAUGGCACAUCGCCUGUUUGUGUGCUCAUAUGUUGGGAGUCCAGGAUGUUGUAGUCUUUUGAGAGCUGCUUUGUUUGGUGGUCAUUUGCUUUUUGCUGAACAUUAACUUGAAACAAUGUGACAUUGGUGUUGUGUACUACCACUAGUGAGCCUUGAACUGGGUAACCGCCUAUUUCCACAUCUAUCUAUGCUUGUGAGUGCUUA